CCCAAGUUUCUACAACUCCCCCCCCCCCCGUAUUCUCCUCGCCCGGAUCACGCAGAAUUCCCAGCAGCCUCCAGGCCAGAUUCAAAGACCUCCCUCUCUCGGAUUCCUCCUAAUUGCACCUUACACUACCGCUCUACGCCUUUCUCGACCUCGGGCUCGCCUCAAUUCGCCUGCAGAUCGGUCGACUGAACCCUUCUUCACCUCGCCGCCCUCGACGGGCUUACUCAGACAAUCCUCGACACAGACGAGGUCUUCUUGCCGUCACUGGGCAGUGUUGUCACCGGAAAAAAAAAAGGCAAAGUCGACCGUGUGUCGCGUCACACCCUUUGCUGAACUCAGAAUUGCUCGUUGCUCUGGAACGCCUGCACGCAGUACUUGGUCAAUCCGCACCCAAGCCGUGUCCGCAUCCGCCUCAAAAUCGCGACUGGGAGGUUGUUAUUUUGAACCUAUACUUUGUUAAAAAGAAGAGUCAGACCCUAUACACGACCUGAACCCGCGCGACCAGUCUCGUAGCAACUGUUCAACCGAGCCGCCUCGAGUCCAGUCUCCCUCGGGUCUGUCAUAUGACUUGCAGAGUACCGAAAGAUGAUGGGAACAGUAUAUCUACACCGAUGACCGCUCCAUCUGCUCAGGCUCCGCGGCCAAAUAUGGAAAUGGAGUCGAACACUAGUCCCUCACAGCCUGUACGGCGCUCACAUCACGUCUCCUCGAACUCCAAGUCUAUGCCCUCGACCCCCUUCCAGCGAAGCGAGGCCCGUUCACAUUCAAGAAUCUCUCCUUCCCCAGAACCUCCAGCCAAAACCAGUUCUCCUCGUUCGCUACCAUCCGACAAGAGCCAUACGCCACCUGCAGGCCGGAAGCAGUAUGGAGGCUGUAAAUAUGAGACUGGUAUGCAAAGAGCACGGCGGCGUGUUCCCUACUCAUUGGGGCCAGACCCAUUGGAAAAGGAUAAGUCCGAGUUGAAGACGAGAUUGACGCACGAGGAGAAUGAAACACUAACGCAGGACAUGCAAAAGCUCUAUGAAGAACUACAACCAACUACCGAGAGUGAAGACCGUCGGUUACGGUUCAUUGAGAAGCUCGACAAGAUACUUCGCGGAAGAUGGCCUACGUCGUCAAUCAAAGUCAAUGUUUUUGGCUCUACGGGAAAUAACCUAGGCACUUCGGAUUCCGACGUCGACAUCUGUAUUACCACCGAUUGCAAGGAGAUGGAGAGAGUUUGUAAUAUCGCAGACCUCCUGGCUAAACAUGGAAUGGAGAGAGUGGUAUGCGUCUCUUCCGCCAAGGUGCCAAUCGUCAAGGUUUGGGAUCCUGAAUUACACGUUGCUUGCGACAUCAACGUCAACAACCCGCUCGCUUUGGAGAAUACGGAACUGGUCCGCACAUAUGUCAGUAUUGACAGCCGAGUGAGGCCAUUGGCCAUGAUCAUCAAAUACUGGGCGAAGCGAAGGAUGUUGAACGAUGCCGCCCUUGGAGGCACGCUCAGCUCGUAUACGUGGAUAUGUCUGGCCUUGAAUUUUCUCCAAACAAGAGACCCUCCAAUCCUACCUACUUUACAACAACAGCCUAACUUGCAACCGAAAGAGGUGGCUGGAGUGAACGUUUCAUUCGAUCGCAAUGUGGACGGCCACAAAGAUUUCGGCCGCCGCAACAAGUCCUCCCUAGGAGAACUCUUGUUUCAUUUCUUCCGGUACUAUGGGCACGAGCUCGACUUUGAGCAAAGCGUGGUAUCGGUGCGGCUGGGUCGAGUGUUGUCCAAGGUUGAGAAGUCGUGGCACCUUCUCCAGGACAAUCGCCUUUGCGUCGAGGAGCCUUUCAACGUCUCCAGAAACUUGGCCAACACCGCGGACGAUACCUCAAUGCGAGGUAUCCACUUGGAGUUACGGCGGGCGUUCGAGUUGUUAGGAGAGGGUAAGCUGGCGCAGUGCUGCGAACAGUUUGUCCACCCUCCAGAUGAAAUCAAGCCCUCAGAACAUUUUGUACCGCCGUCAGCACGACCGGUGAUUCCCCAGCCUCCGACCCAGCCGUCAAGAGGGGGUCGGAAUGCGUCUCGAGGUGGCAGCAGGAAUCUUGGUCAGAUCAGUCGAAAUCCCCGACGGUCUUCGAAUCCCACCGCACGGAAUCCCAACUAUCUGCGCAACCCUCCGUUUCCGAUGACAACUCAUGAGUUGCAGCUUCAACAGCAGCACCAGCAACAUCUCCUUCACGACCAGCUGUUCCAGCAAUACCAGUACCUCCAGCUUCAAGAGCAGGAGCUGAGAAUGCAGCUCUAUCAACAGAAUCUUCGCCAGAGAGGGUUGUUGGCAGCGGCGGCUUAUAGUCAACCUGCAGGAUAUAGUCAGUUUCUCUCGCAAGACGACGGGCUUGAUCUCGGAUCCAAUCAACAAAUCAACGGCAUUGGUCGAGCUCCCCUAUCAGCACCAUUGUACCAGCACGCCUUUCCUCGAUCACCGUAUCUCUCUGCAAGUCAACCAACCCCGGGUGUAGCAACUAAUCCUCCGUCACCGAGACUUGCUUCCGGGGUCCCGGACACCCGGAGGUACUCGCGGCGAACGUCGGUGACACAUUCAUCUACAGGUGGUUCCUUGCGAGCUCAAUCCCAGCCUGCACGCGCGGUUCCAGUCAGUUCUCUGGGACAUUUGCAGCGACCUGAUAUUGCAGGCCUUCAAGAUGCUUCUAUCGGACGGAGGUCGUCCUCAUCCUCGACGUCUCAAGAACCGUACAUGGGCUACAUGGAGAAUGGUUAUGGUAUGAUUGGAUCAAUCUAUGAUCCAGUACGCAGGCCAGCCGAAUAUCUCGGAUAUUAUGUCGGUCAGUCGCCGUCAUUAUCUGCUUAUACUCAGAGCACUGCGAUCUCUCCCAUUCCCUCGCACGUUGGCCUCGCUAUCCAGAAUGGAGGCCUGUCUCCUCGACUUACUCCAGCAUCGACUCGGCCCUCUGGGACGAUGCACACACCACCGCUCCAAACGAUCUCUACUGCCUCGGUCGAAGCGCAAGCCGAACCAGAGCAGGAGUCGAGGAACGGUGAAGGUAGCAAUGUUGGGUCCAACCCAUCGAAGUCCACAGCGGGCCCGCUAAUAGUGGAUGGCUCGAUCAAUUCACCGCUGCGACGGCGCACGACCCACUCCUUCAACGAGCCUGAGGACCAUAUCAGUUUCAGCGCAUCCACGUCGGAGGACCUAGCCUUUGACACCCCAUCAAGCUCAGACGAACAAUCCCAAGACGCUUUCGAGUGCAACGCACAUGGGAAGAUAUCGCCAAUCAGUCCCAGUGGGCCUCGAAACCAAAUCCAGCAUCCAAACGGUGCUGCCUCAGAUUUUGCAAAUGGGUAUCUCCCCUUGAGAGCGAAGAGUCCGAAGGAGGGGAGCCAGGAUCAAGUGGUCAGGGCAGGGGAAUCGGUGGGAAUGGGUGUCCUCACAUCGAUGAAGAAGAUGGGCGGCCCAGCUUGGUCUCUCGAUCGACAACUCUCUUCCGUGGAAGAAGUCCGCACGCCUUCUCCUAGAGUCGAAAAAUUCAACGGAGAGAGGGAGAGCAAGAGUCAUAUCGGCCCGGACGAACCCUCGUCCAAUGGUGAGACUUUGUUGAUCAACGGUGAGGAUCGUGAAUUUGCGAGGCCGCUUGCAACCAGGACCAACGGGACUGCAGGCUCUUCAAAACAAGGACCGAGUUCAGCACCGAAUGGCAGCGGACCGAGCGGCUGGCAAACACAAAAGAAGAAGAAGAAUAAAAGAAAGACGGUCAAAUCGGAAAACGAUGCACUGAUGUCGAAUCUUUCCGCAAGAGAAACACUCCCUGCCGACGAGUCCCUACGGAAAGGCGGCUAGGCGCUCCUUUGCAGAAUUUUCCCAUGACCUGCAGCUUAUUUGGCUUGUCCACCUUAUGAUGCUGCCGUUCUCUCAGCUCGAUCACUAGGUUCAGACCCCAUCUGCUAAACCGCAUUCUGGAUCGGGUCGAUGGGAUCGACAAAGGGCAGCAUUUUAUGAUAUCAACAGCACACAUCUAGUCGUUCUAUGGAUUUUGGGUUAUGCAUGGACAAAAUUUGUUGGCGUUUGUCGAUCUAGCAGGGAGCAGGAUCCCUGGACGGGAUGCCACACAUGAGGAUGGCAGCGGCGUUUCUUCUGCACCAAGGGACGUUUUCACAUACCCCCGAACGUUGUGGGAUGCAUUCACAUAUACGGCUGGAUUGAAGGCUGGAUCUUUGAUGGCUCGAGCGAUCCAGGAAAAGUGACGCCGCUUCGACAAACGGGCGGAUCUCACGGCCUCGCGACAAAGCUUGAUUGAUGUUUUUAUUUUGCAAAAGGCGGAAGCCGGACGAUCAUGAGAUUGGGCAAUAGAAAUGCACCCAUUGCAACCCGAGCCAGCCAUCGGGCCUCUGUUUUUCUUUUUUUCCUUUUUUGAUUGUCGAAAGUUGUGGGAGACUAGAGCAAGGGAGGUUCACAAAAGCGUCAAAUUUCGCAAAGGCUUCAGCACGACGCUGAAGCGGCACAGAUCAACUACGGGGGAAAAGGCCGAGGCUGAGAAGAAAUGAGAGAUUGUAAGAUGUCUCGCGAGGAUCGCGAGGAGAGAGCGGGGACAGUAGAUGAGCAGAUUAGAGAGAAUGAAUGAAAGGAACGCAACCAUUGUUAAAUCAAAGG